UCUCACAUACAGAAAACGCACUGAGCGGAAACCCAGCUUCCCAGUUCAUUGGUUACUGCCAAAAGUUCCCUUAUUUUCACACAUGAUCUUAUUUGGAACAGUUGUUUUUAUUUGCGCGACACCGAAACACUAAUGUGAGCGGACAAUUCACGCAUAGGGAGCACUACGGGCAAGAUGUUUACUGAGGGAGCACAAGUUCUUUGGACACAAGUUCUAAGAAUUGUCUUCUGCUUUCGUCAAAAAUAACAAACAAGAGAAAUCCUAAAUGGCAAUGAACAUGCGUACGAGUAUUUUCCAACAAAAAGUACGGGUUAACGAUCAGGUAGUUAUCUCAAGGAGUUCAGAGUUUAACGGGUCGGUUUUAAUUUAAUCAGAAGUUUCCGGUUCAUUUACUUCACGUUCGCAAGUUCCUACACACCGUUUGACCCAUUGAUUAACUAAUUUAUCGAUUUCCGUAGAACUAAAUCAGAAAUAAACCAAGAGAUCAGAACUAACUGAUCCCCGGAUAUGCAAAAUGCUCUCUCGUUUAAGAAUUAAUGAUUGAACACAUUAUUCGGUCAAAACCCUGUCAAACACACUUCUCCCCGCGUACUGAAUUCGCGCUAUGAUACUCCGAUGAACGUGCAAACGAAUUGCUUGGUUAUUCUAACGUAGGUGCCAUUUUUUUAAUGGGUUAACACCCUGAAAAAUGGCUUGGUACAAACAUUAACUCAGUCAUAAUAUCUCACCCUAUUCGCAUUCUUAACUUCUAAGUUGUACGAUACUUUUAUCUUCAAGACAGUGCAUUUUCUCCGCUAGUUUUCAAACUCUUCCUGAGUCUACCGAUUUGCUGAUAAGAUUCCAUAUAGAGGAGGGUGAAAUGAAAGAAGGGGUGAAGAGGGAGGUUUAGCACGCUUAAAAUAAACAUUAAUUAGUGUUUGUCCUUGCUCGGGGCUAUGUAACGUUGAUAGGUAGACCUAUCCCUCCUGUUCCAUGACACACAGCCUGCUCCCACAUGAUGUCAUGAGUUGAAACAUGAUUUGCUGUGUUUUGGAGUGGGAUGGGCAGGCCACAACAGCAAGGUGGAUUCAGUUGAAAGGUUCAGUAAAAGUGAAGUCAGUGUUGAUGACAAGUGUUGCCUUGAAGUCAGUGCAUGAUCACAGCGGCUUCCUUCGUUUGCGCGCCUUCCAAGGGAAUCACCAUCAACAAGAAAUAGAUGAGCGUCAGAGAGAUUUAAACAUUUUGCGGGACAGAGUCUUCACUUUCUUCUGCUUCUGAGUGAGUGACGAUCGCUUGUUGAGUAGCGGCCUCUCUCCAGGACUGGGUCUGCAGCAUUAAGUGAAAUGCCGACUGACAUCUCGCAGCCUCCGGGGCUGAGCUCCUCGCUGCCCCUGAGAAUCCUCAACAAGGGGCCCGGUUACCUCCGGAGGCAGAUGGAGGGCAACCGCCGGAGCCCCCUUAGCGCCGUGGAGAGGCUGGCGGCCGACAAGGGCAAGUACGUGAAGAGCCCGCAGCUGGUGGCAGGCGGUCAGGCGGAAGCCCGCUCCGGUAGCUCGGCGUCGGGCAGCCUCAGCAGCAACAGCAGCAGCAGAGGUGGUGGUGGAGGGGAGAAGCCGGCGGGAGACCCCCCACGAGGUGACCAACUCCCGCACGCUCCCUUACAGCGGGACGGCGGCGGCACCGCCAUCCGCCGCUCCAAGCGGCAGAUGAGGCCGGACUCGCUGGUCAUCUACCGGCAGAAGUGCGAGUUCGUCAAGGGGUCAGGCGGCGUGGCCCGGGCCGCCAACCAGAGCCUAGUCCGCCGGCUCUUCCAAGGGGGCUCCGUCAGGGACAAGCAACAGCUGCCGGCGUCACCCGAGGUGCCCAAGGUCAUCAUCAAAGAGAGAGGGCCGGCGGACACGGGCUGCGGGGAUGAGGAGGAGCAGCAGCCGCCGCCAUCGCCGCCACCAACGGGUUCGGUCACGCCCCCAGCCCCGAGGCCGGUUACCACCGUCCUCCAGCGGCGGGUCAGCAAAGGGGGUCUACACCGCUCUCAGUCCGACAUCAGCUCCCGCUACUCGAGAGCCUUCUCGGAGUUCGACAGCUUCUUCAGGUACUGCGGCCUCGAGCCCGACGUGAUCGACGACCUGGGCCGCGAGAACUUCACCUCGGCGUCCGACACUGCGCUGACCGUGCGUGUCCGGAGCGUCAGCACGCCCGACUCCGACAGCGAUUUCUCCCGCCACAGCGUCCAGGAGGACCAGCGGCCGCUCGAGGAAGCGCCGGCCGAGCGCAAGCCGGCGUCCAGCCUCUCGGUCAUCGAGCGCAACGCCCGGGUCAUCAAGUGGCUGUACGGCUGCAAGCGGGCAAGGGAGUCCACAGCAGCCGAGCUCGUCUAGGCAUGCGGACCCCUGACGGAGAGGGGGAGGCUCCUCCAAUCUUCUCCGCCCGUAGAAGCGUUGCUCAGUCCUUGCAGACUCCUCUUUGCAGGGGGGUGGGCGAAAAGAUGUUGCGAACUGUGAACCAGCAGUAGCCAGAGCUAGGAAUGCGCAGCAAAUCGCCUCUCGCCUGUGUGUCUGGGGAGGACAGUCUGCUCCCCAGCGUCACCUCUUCUUACAGUCCUGACUGCAUCCCCCGGCGGGUAAAGAGGAUUUGCAUUUUCAAAUUCAGUGUACAUCUACCUUUUUUGCUUUGACAGAUUUAGAGAUGUUCUGGUGGCCUCGGUGCAAAAUUUAGAAGAAACUAUUCUAGUAGAGACUGUUGGAACUGAGGGAGGAGGGAAGAGACAGGAUAUAUUCAUUCUAUUUAAGAGAUUUAUUUUAUUUUCUGUGUUCAAUACAGAAUCUGUUUUCAUUUUAAACGGUAUUGUCAUGAACAGAAGUUCCCAAUUGUCUGUGUGUGCCGUUGAUGUUUAUUUUGAUGUUUAUAUAUUCUUUAAAACGUCGGAGGAUCAAAAGCUAUCGAAGGUAAGCAAAAGUCUAUUACAACAGUCAGAGAUAAGUGUGGAGCUGGUGGAACUCGGCAGGCCAGGCAGCUCCAGUGGAGCAGGAAAGUUGACGUUUCGGGUCCCUAAAUCAAAUGAAUUAUCAAAUGAUAACAAAGUGUGGAGCUGGAUGAACCAGCUCCACACUUUGUUAUCUCGGAUUCUCCAGCAUCUGCAGUUCCCAUCAUCUCUGAAUUAUCAAUUGUACCCGGUGUGGCUACCUCUACAUUGAGGAAACCAAGCGGAGGCUUGGGGACCGCUUUGCAGAACACCUUCGUUCGGUUCGCAAUAAACCACUGCAUCUCCCAGUCGCAAACCAUUUCAACUCCCCCUCCCAUUCCUCAGACGACAUGUCCAUCAUGGGCCUCCUGCAGUGCCACAAGGAUGCCACCCGAAGGUUGCAGGAACAGCAACUCAUAUUCUGCUUGGGAACCCUGCAGCCCAAUGGUAUCAAUGUGGACUUCACCAGCUUCAAAAUCUCCCCUCCCCCCCACCGCAUUCCCAAAACCAGCCCAGCCUGUCUCUCCCUCCCUAACCUGUUCUUCCUCUCACCCAUCCCUUCCUCUCAUCUCAAGCCUGCACCUCCAUUUCCUACCUACUAACCUCAUCCCACCUCCUUGACCUGUCUGUCUUCCCUGGACUGACCUAUCUCCACCUAUCUUCUUUUCUCUCCAUCUUCGGUCUGCCUCCCCCUCUAUCCCUAUUUAUUCCAGAACCCUCUCCCCACCCCCUUCUCUGAUGAAGGGUCUAGGCCUGAAAUGUCAGCUUUUGUGCUCCUGAGAUGCUGCUUGGCCUGCUGUGUUCAUCCAGCUUCACACUUUGUUAUCUUGGAUUCCUGUACACAUUUGUCACAGACCUCAAAAGGCAGCAUUUUUCAUACCAAAUACUUUGUGAUAAUUUUAAAAUGAAAUCUUAUGUAAAUAUCACUUUCAGUUUAAAAAUAUUAAGUUUUUAGUGUCAAUUUGAUUUUAGGUUUUCUUGCUCAGUUUACUCUGAUAGAUAUAUUGCCACACACAGCUACUGUGUCAGUGACUGUUUUGAAACACAUUAUUAGAAAAUGCGCACUAGGGGCAGAAGCAGACCAUUUGGCCCUUCUAGCCUGUUCCAGCAUUCAAUAGGACCAUGACUGAGCCUUUAUCUCAAUUGCAUACUCCCUUUUAAAAUCUGGGCAGUUUAUCUAUCUCUUUCUUGAAUACAUUCAGACAUAGAUUUUGGGUGGAUAUUUGUACUGAAUUACUUUGGCUUUGACUUUGACUUUGUUCUUGGAAUAGUUGUUAGACUAUUUCACUUUUAAUUCAAAUGUUGUUCUUUCUAGUGCCCCCCCCCCCCAAACAAGUACAAAAGGAAAGCACUACAGAUGCCAGUAAUGGGAAGUAAGAACAGAAAAUUCUGUAAAUAUUCAGCAAGUCUAGCAGCAUCUGUGGAGAGAGAAACAGUUAAAUUUUCAGGUUAAUGAACAUAUCAGAGCACAUAUGAUGCUUUAAUGCUGAAUCAAAUAUUUGUUGAUGCUGACUAGUAGGAGAAGGAGAUGUGCUCACAAGAUUACCUGGCCAAUCCUGACUUCUGUCUGGGAAAUGUUCUGCCCAGUCUCUUCAAUGGCAUAAAGAAGGGUACGAUUCACUAUGACAGGUCAGCGAGCAAUCACAUUUUCUUUCAUAUGACAGUGUCUCACUUUUGACUGAUUCUAUUUAGUUAUUUAGUGACAUUAACCCUGGAGAUUACUGAUUAUGGAGUUUGCUUCCUGUGUUCAGAGAUGUCAACACUACCGUGCUUUGUUUAACCACCAUCCAACCUGACUCCUUUACUACCAAUGCUGGCUCGCAGUGUUUACUCUGCUGUGGAGUUCCUUUAAAGCUAAUUCAUGUGCCGAGUGAAAGCACCGUCACUCGAAUGAUUUGAGAGUUGCAGACUUCAAGGAUUUACAUAUUUAUGACUCAGUUCUAAAAAAUUUUGUCUAUACACAACUCUUCUCUAUUGAUAGCUUAUAAUCAAGAAAAUAAGGGAAGCCUCCAGAAAAUCAACACGGCCCACCAAACUGUGAUUUCUCAGUGGUGUUUGAGACAGAAUUUGCCAGUUUUAUUUUGAAAGUAAAGUACGAGAAUAAUAUGCUUGCUCUGCUGCUCAGUGCCUUGAGUGAGAAUGAAGAUGCCUCUAAAGAGAGAGAGAGAUUUUACAUCUGUAUAGUGGUUAUACAAAAAUAACAUGGCUCAGGUUUUCAUUGACUUGUUGAGGACAAUUUUGAUUGAAAAAUACUAUAAAUUUUGCAAUAUCAAUUUAGGCAUCCAUUUUACAUGUCUAGAUUUUAAUUUAUGUUGACUUAGGAUAAGAUCAGAAAUAAUGAAAUCAGUGAAAGUCAUUGAGUUGUGGGCAGGUGUCUGUAGUUCCACAUUAUCUUCAGACUGAAAGACUUGCCAGGAUCUGUUGAAUACAAUGUCACUAAAUACAUUAACUCGGAUUUCCACACUUGAGCUUCUCUCUUAAAAAGCAGCUGCCAUUAUCAUGGUACAAAGGAUUAAAAAAGGAAACUGAAUGCCUACUGUUUUUUUGCAUUCAAUACCUUGUACAAUUUAGAAGCAGGACUAUGCUAUUCACCCCCUUGUACCAUUCCUGGUCAACAGAAGCAUGGGUAACAAACCCUGAGGCCUUUUUUUUUAAAACAGAAAAAUCUUUACUUACUGCCAUGCGGGCCUGACUGGGAGGUGAGUUAUUUUUACUUGCCCAUCCCUAGUUGCCCUAAGAAAGUAGUGAGCACUAGCUGCCAUUUUGAACCUGUGGUAGUUAAGAAUUAAUGGCAUUGUGGGUUUAGAAUCAAUCUGGGGUAAGAACAGCAGGUUCCCUUUCACUGAAACUGUUUGUUUUCAUAAAUAUGUUUACCUCAUUUUCAGUAUUAUUAACCAUUUCCAGAAAUUUUCAUGAGAACUUGGAGUUUGAGCUCUGUUUCUGGAUCAGUAGUCCAAGUCUUUGCUGGACCAGUGAUACAACCACUACGUACCAAUCCCCAGCUCUACUGUUUGUGUCAGUACGUCAUGGGUUUGCAAAAGUGGCUUGGGACAACUGAGGAAUGCUUGAUUUUCAUUGUGUGAUGUUCCAAUCUGUUCUGGCUCAAAUUGGACAUUCAAUGUGUGGAGCAAACCAGGAAAUCUCUCAUCCAAAGAGGCUAGCUCCGUUGAAAGAAAACAUUUAAGUUGGAUCUGAAUCAUUUUGAUUGGAGCAUAUAAAACCAUUUAUACUUGCUCUCAUAAUUAGCAAGAUUCCACUUUUCUCAUGCUAAGUGUUUUUAUAAAGAAUGGCAUGGUGGCUCAGUGGUUAGCACUGCACCAGGGAUGCAGGCUUGAUUCCAGCCUCAGCUUUUGGGGAGUUUGCACAUUCUCCCCUGUGUCUACGUGAAUUUCUUACCACAGUCCAAAGAUGUGCAGGUUAGGUGGAUUGCCAUGCUAAAUUGUCCUUAGAAUCCAGGGAUGUGCAGGCUAGGUGGAGUAGCCAUGGGAAACGCAGGCUUAGAGGGAACAGGUGGAAGAUUAGUCUAGGUAGAAUGCUCUUCGGGGGGUCAUGGAUGGGCUAAAUGGCCUGCUCCCACACUGCAGGGGAUUCUAAGUCUUCAAGGAAACAAGCUGUGCAACCUGCAAGGUAUCGCCUUUCACUCCACAUGCUGAUUGGCAUACAUAUGUUGAGUUCAUUUGUGCACCGAAGGCAAAAUAAUUUUGUUGUAUAAACAAUUGCUAAUAUUACCUUGCUUAUAGCCUGUAGAUAUGAGAAAGAGACAGAUGUGCUUUUCAUAUCCACUAGAAGUGUCUGCUAACUGUUGUUCUUUAUUAAACUUUGGACCAAUAGCAAUUCAAUGGUCAAAGUGUCCAGAGAUUAGUUAAAUCCUUCAAGAGCUUCUGUUUACAGUAUGCUGACUAUCUUUCUAUUAAAUAGUUUGUAAAGAGCAGUAAUAAGCCAAAAAUGACAAAACCAUUUAUAAAUGGUGGCAAGAAAGAAAAAUGAGCUGCCAUUUUUAAAAAAAAAGUUUGUCCUGAUUUAUUGCAUAAAAAUGUCUUCACAUCAGCGAAACUGUGGGAGAUAAGUAAUUUUGUAAAAUCAAUUGUUACUUAAAUUUCUUAAAAUGCAUUCCUAAUUUUACCAUUCUGCCUCAAAGCUAAGACAUUUGGGAGCAUAUAAAUGUGCAAUAAUUUUAAAAAUACUUGCUCAAUAAGUUGUUGUAUCAUUCAGACUUGGACUACAUCCAGCUUGAAAAGUUACUAUUCUUCAGUGUGAGGUGAAUCUCUGGUUUGAACUGAAUUUGUAUUGAAUAAGCUGGAGGAGUCCUGUUUCAUUUCUGCUGACCUGAUAACAUUUACUGCCUCUGUCACAGCAUCUUUGCAAUCUAGUAUAAAACAAGGAAAAUGUAAACAUGAGUGUUAAGAUUUCCUUACACCCUACAAACUUGUACGCACAUGUUCUGCUGCAGACAUAACUGUGAAAACAGCAGCUGAAUAGCUCUUCUGGGAGAGCAAAGCAAGCCACCCACUCUAUUCAUAGGAUUUCUAUUUAUUACAGUUUUCUUGGUGUUUGUUAUUAUUAGGAAUGUUUCAUUAUGCUUUCAGUGAGAAAUUAUUCUAUCUCAAACAUGAACUAAGAGUAAUUUAUUACUGGAAUUACUCCAACAUUUGCUAAUACUCGUCAAUGACUUGGUAUCUUUAAAUAAAGAUUAUAUGAAUACUGGUGUUUGAAAGGAAAAUACCAAUUAGUGUAUAUUUGUAAAAAUAAAUCAGUGUUUUAUAUAUUGACAACAUAGGCUGUAAAGCAGCUUUAUGU